CAUGCGCGCCGCUGGGGUUGUUGUCAAACGGUGGUUAUGGAGAUGGAGGAGAGGUGGUGGUAGUGACGGAGAUUGUGGCCGAGGUCUGUGGAUGUUACCGGUGCGCAGAGAAUUUACCGUGGCCGCCUGACAAUACGGGAUUGUCUUAAUACCCUGUGAUAAGGGGGUACAAUUAAGUAACUGGCGGUAAAAUGCCCUCAAUAUAAGGUGUCAGGAGGCUGGUGCCUCAGGGGCAUUACUGCCAGCUACUGGUACCGAAGACUUCCUGCCUGUCUGCCCGCCCACUGUUUUUAGGAAUCCGGGUACCUAGGGUCAGGGGUACCCAGGCCUGGGGAUUUGUGUCUCGUAGAUCCGGUUUGCAGUCUGCAGGAGCAUAUGGCAGCGACUCCAUUAUCUCCUUACGCCUAAAAGGAAUUUCGGACGUCGUCUUUAUCCCUCCAGAGCUUGAAAAUGCCUCACAAGAUUGGAUUUGUAGUAGUGAGCUCCUCUGGGCAUGAAGAUGGCUUCAGUGCCAAAGAGUUAAUGGUACAUGCGCCAACAGUUACUGGGUGGCGAUCACCAAGGUUUUGCCAAUACCCUCAAGAAAUCGUCCUUCAGAUGGUGGAAAGAUGCCGCAUUCGGAAGCUGCAGCUGCUUGCUCACCAAUACAUGAUAUCCUCCAAAAUAGAGUUUUACGUCUCGGAAAGCCUGCCUGAGUAUUUCACCCCGUAUCAGUCUGAAAGGUUCCGAAGAUUAGGUUAUGUGUCACUAUCUGAUAACGAAAAAACAAGCUACAAGGCGCGGGAGCUGAAGUCCGUGUAUGUCGAUGCAGUUGGCCAAUACCUGAAGCUGAUUUUUCACAAAAACUAUGCGAACCGAUAUAAUCUGUAUAAUCAGGUUGCGCUGAUUGCUAUAAAUAUUAUUGGCGAUCCUGUGGACUUCGACGAGGAGAAUAAUGCGCCGACAAGAGAUAAGCUUAUCGACCAGUAUCUGGGAAACAGCUCAGAGGAGCCUGCUAUGGAUUCUUCAUAUAUUGGAAAACCAGAUUCGAUAUCCCCGCUGGAUGACUUGGCUUUUGAUAUGUAUCAGGAUCCAGAAGUGGCACAAAUAAUUCGCAAAUUGGAUGAAAAGAAACAGGAGGCUGUCCGCCAUGAACGCUACGACUAUGCCAAGAAGCUCAAGCAAGCUAUUGCUGAUCUGCAAAAGGUUGGUGAACGUCUUGGCCGUUACGAAGUUGAAAAGCGCUGCGCCGUGGAGAAAGAGGACUAUGACUUGGCAAAGCGAAAAAAGCAACAAAUGGAGGAGUACCGGCAGAAAGUGUAUCAACAGUUAGAGCUGCACGAUCUUCUGGAUACUGCGCUGAUACGUCGGGGCCCAGAGUUGUCUCUCGAUCCACUGGAGAGUCCAACCAGCCCACAGCUGCGGAAAACCGCAACUUCGCCCCCGCCAGACCAGGACAAAACCAUAGAGAGGAGAGCUAAGAGAGAGCGGCAAAUCGCGACAGAGAAGCCUCCAAAGAUGUCUUCACCGAAGCCAGUACAACAGCCACGUUCUCCUUCUCCUCCUCCUCCUCCAGCUCCAGCUCCAUCUGCGGUGGCAGCCACCCCAAACAUAAAUAUUGACGCGUUGCCCUACGAUGAGCGGCCGCUUCCAGCCCAGAGGAAAAGCAAAGACGAGGCAUUUACUUAUCUUGAACCCGAGUCCAUCGAGGAGACGGCUGCAGAUACCCCAAGGACCAAAAUCACCGGGGAACCAGAGCCGUUAACCGAGAAAGCUCUGAGAGAGGCCUCCUUUGCCAUCGAAGUGUUUGGCGAAGCUCUAGUCGCUGGAGCUUAUUCCAAGACUUGGUCCUACAGAGAAGACGCUUUACUCGCGGUGUACAAGAAACUGUCGGACAUACCCAGCGAGACAUCAAAGGACGACCUGAAAACCAUGCUCCGCGCUGCGAUAUUCCUUGUCCGUCGCGCCAUCAAAGACAAAGUGACCUCGGUUUUCCAAGCUUCAUUAAGGCUUUUGAAGAUGAUAAUCACUCAUUACAUCCCGAAACACAAGCUGGGCAAAUCCGAAACCACUCACUGCGUGGAGAAAACCCUUCCAGACCUGCUGUCCCGCACCGGAGACUCUGCCACGCGGUACAGGUUAAUCGCCUCCAACUUCAUCCAGGAAAUGGCCCUUUUUAAAGAAGUUAAACCCCUGCAAAUCAUUACGGUUCAUUUGGUUCAACCGCUGAAGGCAACGUUGCCUUCUCGUCUGGCCUUGAGUCAAAUGGAGUUGGUGGACACGUUGAUCGCAGAGUUGGGGGUGGAAAAUUCUGGAUUUACUGUGGACAACGUCAUGAAGCUUGCAAUAGGCGCCCUGGAAUACACAACGUCAGAAGUGCGGGAUAAAGCCGUCCGGAUGAUUCUCUACCUAUACAAGCAGCAUCGGAGCCAAGUGCUGGGAUACAUGCCGACCGAUGACUCCAACACGCGGAGAAAUAUCUUAUACAAAACUCUCUUCGAUGGCUUCGCCAAAAUUGAUGGGAGACCCACAGAUGCGGAACUCAAGGCCCAGAAAAAGGCACUCGCAGAAGAGGCGGAAAGGCAAAAAAAAGAAGAGAUCCGAGCCCUCCAAGAACAGCUGGCAGCCCUGAAGGAGAUGCAAGCAGAAGCGCUGUCUGGGAAGACAAAAGAUGCCAAUAUGAAUAAAACCAAAAAUGAUGAACGUGGCAAAAAGGCAACCUUGUCUCCUAAUACAGAAGCCUCUGACCGCCAUUCUUCGGGGACAAAUUACUUGGAUAACUUAUGUAUAUUUUGUGGGGAGAGAGACGAAUCCUUUAACGAGGAAGGCUUGGAUCUACAUUACUGGAAACAUUGCCCCAUGCUGAAAAGAUGCGAGCAAUGCAAACAGGUUGUUGAAAUCGCGAGCCUGAUGGACCACCUCUUAACCGAAUGCGAUCAGAAAGAAUUAUUUGGCAAAUGCCAGCGCUGCUCCGAAGCCGUUUUCAAAGAAGUGCUUACAGAGCAUCUAAAAGCCAAGUCCUGUAACCCUUCUAAGGGGGACAAGGUGGCCAAUCGCUGUCCGUUAUGCCAUGAAAACUUCAUGCCAGGAGAAGAGGCAUGGAAAUCUCAUCUCAUGGGAAAAGAUGGCUGCAAGGCAAACCCUCGCAGGACGCAAGCCCUUCAAAGAACUCAACUGGCAUCGCAUGCGGCUGUUAAAGUCGGAGGAUCCGCCGUAACUAAACCCGGCCCCGUGCUGGGCAAACAACGAGCGCCCGUCGCCGGGAGCAAGAUCCCAGCCCCGAGAGCCGGAUUAAAUAAAACUAUGACAAGAGCGCAACCGAAGAGAUGAUUGGAUAGAAAACAGCCGAUGGUCUUUGAAAUUAAGUAGAACAUACAUCGGUUCGACCCUCCUCGGUAUGAGAAACACUAAGAGGGGUCGGUAGGUUCAUAAAUGCACUUUGAGGUCUUAUCUAGUUAAUCAUAACCAAUUAUUCCCACUGAUGACGGACUUCCUCCGUCGAUUAGUGACAUUUUUUUUCUUAAA